AUGGCCGCACGCACUUUGAGGAUAGGCCUCAUCCCCGGCGACGGCAUCGGCCGCGAAGUCAUCCCCGCCGGCCGCCGCAUCCUCGAAGCCCUGCCCUCCUCCUUCAACCUAAAAUUCUCCUUCACGCACCACGAAGCCGGCUGGUCCACGUUCCAAAAGACCGGCGCCGCCCUCCCCGACGACACCGUCUCAGCCCUAAAGUCCGACUGCGACGGCGCCCUCUUCGGAGCCGUCAGCUCGCCCACCGUGCAAACAAAAGGCUAUUCGAGUCCGAUUGUGGCUCUGAGGAAGAAGAUGAAGCUUUAUGCUAAUGUGAGGCCUGUUAAGAGUGUUAGGGGAGGGUUGAAGGAGGUGGAUAUGGUGAUUGUGAGGGAGAAUACUGAGGAUCUUUAUGUUAAGGAGGAGAAGACGUAUGCGGCGCCUGAUGGAAGCAAGAUUGCUGAAGCGAUCAAGCGGAUUUCCGAAACCGCGUCUUUCAACAUCGCAGAAAUGGCGGGCGAUAUCGCACUCCGCCGGCAACGCGUCCGCGACGCUGGCGCAAAGUCUAUUCACUCCAGCCCGCUGGUAACGAUCACACACAAGAGCAACGUGCUGAGUCAGACCGACGGCCUGUUCCGCGAGACCGCAAGAAGGGCGCUUCAGAACAGGAAAUACGGAGGUGUGAAUGUGGAAGAGCAGAUUGUGGAUUCAAUGGUGUAUAAGCUGUUUCGCCAACCACAGGACUACGACGUCAUCGUCGCACCCAACCUCUACGGCGACAUUCUGUCUGAUGGCGCCGCCGCCUUAGUCGGUUCGCUCGGUCUCGUCCCGAGUGCGAAUGUGGGUAAGGACUUCGUAAUCGGUGAGCCGUGCCACGGUUCCGCACCCGACAUCGAGGGCCAGGGCAUUGCGAACCCCAUCGCCACCAUCAGAUCGACGGCGUUGAUGUUGGAGUUUAUUGGGGAGGAGGAGGCUGCGGCAAGCAUUUACAAGGCUGUUGAUGCGAAUCUGGAGGAGGCGAGGCUGCUCAGCCCUGACAUGGGCGGCAAGGCGAAGACGGAGGAGAUUAUCGAGGAUAUCUGCAAGAGGUUGUAG